AUGCUGUUACCUUCGGACGUAGCCCGGCUGGUAUUGGGAUACUUACAACAGGAGAACCUUACUUCUACCUGCCAGGCUUUUAUUUUGGAAAGUUCAGACUUAAAAGAAUAUGCAGAACACUGUACAGAUGAAGGUUUUAUCCCAGCCUGCUUACUGUCUUUAUUUGGAAAAAAUUUGACAACAAUUUUGAAUGAAUAUGUAGCUAUGAAAGCAAAAGAAACAUCAAAUGAUGUCCCAGCAAUUAUGUCAUCUCUGUGGAAGAAGUUAGACCAUACACUUUCUCAGAUCAGGAGCAUGCAAAGUUCCCCAGGGUUUGCUGCCAAUCAGAGAGCCCGAACAAGAAAUGGGAUUGCAGAAAUCAAACGGCAGAGAAGGCUUGCAUCUCAAGCAGCUCCUGUCAGUUCAGAGCCUUUACCGUAUCUUUUAGGACAAUUUACCAAUUCUCCUUUGACAGCUACACAAGUUAUUAGGCCAUCUGGCCAAAUUUCAGCUCCUUUGAGGUCAGAUUUUGUAGUGGUCAACCAUUCACAGUCACAAGACACUAUGACCACUGGAGAGGCUUUAAAUAAUAAUACUGGUGCUCAGGAAAGGAAAAAUCAUGCCAGUUUAAUGUCUCCUGGUAGACGCAAAAGUGAAUCUCAAAGGAAGUCUGGGCCUCAUUCAACAAUACGAAAUUUGCAGGAUCCAAAUGCAUUUGUAGUAGAAAAACAAAUGGUUAUUGAAAAUGCACGAGAAAAGAUACUAAGCAACAAGUCUCUUCAGGAAAAGCUUGCAGAAAACAUUAAUAAAUUUUUGACUAGUGACAACAGUAUUGCUCAAGUACCUAAGCAAACAGAUAGCAACCCUAGUGAACCAGAGACUUCAAUUGAUGAACUCCUGGGACUUCAGAGUGAGAUCCAUAUGUCUGAAGAAGCUAUACAGGAUAUAUUGGAGCAGACAGAAUCAGAUCCAGCAUUUCAGGCACUCUUUGAUCUAUUUGACUAUGGUAAAACAAAGAAUAAUAAAAAUAUAUCACAAGGCAUUUGCAGUCAGCAUAUGGAAACCAAUCCAAGCAUAGUCUUAGCAGGUGAAACUAAUCUAGCAGUUAAAGGUACUUUUGAAACAGAAGAAUCUGAUGAUCCAUCUGGUCAACCCUCAUUUUGUACUUCCUAUCAAAAUGAAGACACAUCAAAUGUUUUGAAGAAUGGCAGCAACCAUGAUGAGCUUAGACAGGAAGCCCAGGAACAUUUUUCCCACAUAGACACUAGCAUCCAGAAAAAGGCAUUUAAAACAGUUGUAUCUACUGAACAGAAGUGUAACCUUGAUAUUACCUUUGAGUCUGUGCCUAGUUUGAGUGACUUUAAUGAAAGAGUAAACUCUGAUGCUGAAUGUAAUCAGCAUUGUGCUGAAUUAUACACCAGUCAGAUGUCCACUGAGACUGAAAUGGCUCUGGAAGUUGAAAAGAAUUCUUUGUCUCCAAGUGUACAGAAUGAGUCUCAGUUACAGCCUCAUCAGUCACCUAUACCAAUAAGUUCAGUUGUUUCCCUUGGUGGUGAAACUAACAGUGAGAACUUAAUUCUUUCUGGAAAAACUUCUCAACUUUUACCCCAAAAUAUUCCAUUAGCUGGAAAGGCAUCUAAAAAAGGUCAGUUUUGUGAAAGUUCUGAUGAUACAAGAAGACUUAAAGCUGAUUUCCAUGAUUCCAAGUCACCAGAUUCUAGAGAAAUUCAUCAGAAUAAAAUUGAAAUUAAUAGUGUGUUACCAGUUGCAUCACAGCACCUUGCAGAUUGCCAAGAUAAUUCUUCACUUCAGAUAUUACCUGCACCUAUUGAAAAUUCGGGUUUAACUGUAUCUGAACAAAAAGUAGAAAUUCACCUUGAAGAUUCAGUGUCUUCAAUUAAACAACCGUCUAAUGAUUCAUCAUCUAUUGAGUUAAAUCAUACAAUACAUGAAACUCAGUCCUCCAAGUCUGAAAAAGUUUCUUUGGAUUCACAAGAGCCUUCAUCCUCUGUAAAAGAAGAUGGAGAAAGUAUUUUUCUCUCUUUAGGUGAAAAUAACUGUGAAGAAGUUACAAUGAUGCCAUCAGAAAGUAAUCCUAUAGAAGAUAGACAUUCUCUUCCUUCAGAAUCUGUGUGUUCUUCAAUGAGGGAGUCUCAUCCUGAGUCCCAGAAUACUAAUAAUAAACCUGCUAAUGACAAAUCUACAGAGAUAGAUGCAUCAAAUAUAGUCUCUCUGAAAAUUAUCAUCAGUGAUGAUCCAUUUGUUUCCUCAGAUACUGAGCUUAACAGUGCGGUUUCUAGUAUCAGUGGAGAAAACUUGCCAACUAUAAUUUUGUCUUCUCCUGCUAAAUCACCUUCCAGGAGUGCAGAAUUAGUUAAAUGCCUGUCUUCAGAAGAAACCACAGGUGCUAUCUCAUCUGCUGAAGGAACUGGGGAUUCAGCCUCAAUGGAACAGAGCCUUUUAGCACUCAAACCUGAAGACUCUACAGUAAACAACAUGCAGAAUGAAGACAGCAUUGCUCUUUCAACCAAUGUUACACCAUGUGUUUCCAAGGAUGGGGGAUACAUACAGUUAAUGCCAGCUACGAGCACAACUUUUGGCAAUUCAAGUAAUAUUUUGAUAGCUACCUGUGUAACUGAUCCGACAGCCUUAGGCACAACUGUCAGUCAGUCAAAUGUUGUGGUGUUGCCUGGAAAUUCUGCACCUAUGACUGCUCAACCUCCACUAUCUCAAUUACAGACACCCCCAAGGUCAAAUAGUGUAUUUGCUGUCAAUCAGGCUGUGUCACCCAACUUUUCACAAGGAUCUGCCAUUAUAAUUGCUUCUCCAGUCCAACCUGUACUUCAAGGAAUGGUGGGAAUGAUUCCUGUGUCUGUGGUUGGACAGAAUGGAAAUACCUUUUCUGCCCCUCCUCGGCAGGUCCUUCAUAUGCCUUUGGCAGCACCUGUAUGCAAUAGAAGUAUCUCUCAAUUCCCUGUCCCUCAAAAAUCUUUGAAGAGUCAGGGACUAAAAAGCAAACCUUGUACAGGGAAACAGGCAAAUAAUUUGGUGGAUUCAUCAAGUCACUCAGUUGGAUGUCAUGCACAGCGAACUGAAGUUUCUGACAAGAUUAUGGCCACAGAUCUUGGGAAAAAAUUGGAAGAAACCACAGUUCCCUUCUCAGUAGAAAGUACAGUUCCAGUUAGCAAGCCAUUUGAAAGCCACAGACGUGUGCUCUGUUUUGAUAGCACUGCUUCUCCUGUGGCAAAUACACAGGGGACAAAUCAAAAGUUGGUGUCCCAAAGCAAAGAAAGAAAUGACAUUUCAUUUUCUAACCUUGACUCACCCAUUGUGUCCUCCACCUUAAAACCCCCUGCUAAUAAUGCUGUCAAAAGAGAGAGGGAGAAACCUUCUAUGCCUAAAAUUUUCUCUAAAUCAGAAACUGCCAUUGGCCGACAUGCCACCAUAAAAGAAACUCAGUCAGAAAAGAAAGUUUCACCAACAGAAACUAUACUUGAAUCUUUCCAUAAAGCAACAGCUAAUAAGGAGAAUGAACUGUGCAGCGAUGUGGAAAGGCAGAAAAAUCCAGAAACUUCAAAACUGUCUAAUGGGCAGCAAAAUGGGGGUGUGCGGAAUGAAAAAACUGUAACUUCACUUCAAGAGCUCACCAGAAAACAAGGCACAUCCUCAAACAGUAAAAAUAUCUUUUCAGUAGGUGCACCUGUGAAGGAUUUGAAACAAGAACAAACCAGGUCUGCCAGUUCUUUGAUUAACCCACUCACCAAACACACCACAGAAAUGUUACAAGAUAUUCAGUGGCAUAGCCCAGUAAAUAGACUCACAGAUAGUACUGAUUUAUCUAUACCCCGAACAUCUGGCUCAGGAGCAGGGGAAAAACUUAAAGAAGAACCUACAGAUGGUAUCAAGGUCCCUUCUAGUAGGCGUUUUGGUGAAGACAGCACGCCCAAAGUAAUGGUCCCUCCUGUCACGCCAGACUUGCCUGCUUGCAGCCCUGCCAGUGAAACAGGGAGUGAAAACAGUGUGAACAUGGCUGCCCACACAUUAAUGAUUCUCUCCAGAGCAGCCAUCUCUAGGACUACUUCAUCUACUCCUCUAAAAGACAAUACCCAACAAUUUAGAGCAUCUUCACGGAGCACCACAAAAAAACGGAAAAUUGAGGAAUUAGAUGAGCAUGAGCGAAACUCCCGCGCUUCUAAUAAAAGUCUUGCAAAUUCAUCAAUGCCAAUGAAAAAGAAGAAAAUUAAGAAAAAGAAGCUACCCAGUUCAUUUCCAGCUGGAAUGGAUGUGGACAAAUUUUUGUUAUCAUUGCAUUAUGAUGAGUAAAUAUUGUGAACAUAUAAGAACAGUGGCUAUUUAAAACUAUGAUUCCUUAAACUAUGAGUGUAGGGAAUGAGAUACUGACAGA